UUUCCGAAGGGGGUUGGAGAAGUGAAGAAACAAAUUGAAUCAAACUAAAGAUCAGACCCAAGUCUCUCGCCUGAAAGGAGGCUGGGAGAGAGGCAGUGGAUCGACUGUUACUCACACUGCACACUCCCUCCUUUUUCGGCACUGAACUUCGCUGCGAACUCUGAGCUUGUUUCAUGGAACAGUACGAGAAAGUCGAGAAGAUAGGUGAAGGCACCUAUGGUGUGGUUUACAAGGCUCGUGAUCGUGUCACGAAUCAGACCAUAGCUUUGAAGAAAAUUCGAUUGGAGCAGGAAGAUGAGGGAGUGCCUAGCACUGCGAUUCGAGAGAUUUCGCUCUUGAAAGAAAUGCAGCAUCGGAAUAUUGUUAGGUUACAGGAUGUAGUACACAGUGAGAAGCGUUUGUAUCUGGUUUUUGAGUACCUGGACUUGGAUCUGAAGAAGCACAUGGAUUCAUCUCCUGAUUUUGCAAAAGAUCAUCGACAAAUAAAAAUGUUUCUUUAUCAAAUUCUCUGUGGCAUUGCUUACUGUCACUCACAUAGAGUUCUUCAUCGAGACUUGAAACCACAGAAUUUGUUGAUAGAUCGCAGCACUAAUUCACUAAAGCUUGCAGAUUUUGGAUUGGCCAGGGCAUUUGGUAUUCCUGUCAAGACAUUUACACAUGAGUCAAAAGUGAAGGAGCAUGCUGAGUCAGCGUGCUAUCAAGUGAGGUCACAAAAAAACUCUGUGGUGACACUAUGGUACAGAGCGCCAGAAAUAUUGCUUGGAUCUCGCCAGUACUCUACCCCAGUUGAUGUUUGGUCAGUAGGCUGUAUAUUUGCAGAGAUGGUAAACCAGCGACCACUGUUUCCUGGGGACUCUGAGAUUGAUGAGAUUUUUAAAAUAUUCGGGACCAUGGGUACGCCAAAUGAGGAUACAUGGCCUGGAGUGAAUUCUUUGCCUGAUUUUAAAUCAACCUUUCCGAGGUGGACUCCAAAGGACCUGGCAACUGUGGUUCCGAAUCUUGAGCCAGCUGGCAUCGAUCUUCUUUCUAGUAUGCUUUGCUUGGAUCCCAGCAGAAGAAUUACAGCCAGGAACGCUCUUGAGCAUGAGUACUUCAAAGACAUUAGAUUUGUAGUCUGAUCCCUUGUCUUCAUGGCAAACAUGUCUAUAGAAUCAUAGCAUAAGUAAAGAUUGUAUGGGUUUUGAUUAUUCCUUGCUUCUUUCUUUAGGGAUUGAACUUUGUUAUAGUUCAUGCAUUUACUCUUACAGUUUUACAUUCAACUGAGUGCUACCAUAUUGUCUACCUCAUGUCUGGGGAUUACACAUUUGAGGCAAAUUUCGUGUUUGCUUGAUUGUGGAUAGUUCGACAUGACCCCAGGGGACAUUCAAGUUCUGUUAUGGUGCUUUUUGCUCUCCUCUA